CAGCGGCUGGAAGCGGUCCUGAGCACCACUGUUAUCCGACAUGAGGUUCACGGGGCUCGCUACUCUCGCGUGUUUCUUCAGCUUCGUGUGGCUGUCGGACUGCGCGCCGCCCACCUGCUACUCCAGAGCGCUCGGCCUGAGCAAAGAAGUCAUGAUUCUGCUGGACAAAAUACACACGUACCAUCGCACGAAAACGUGUGCUGAUGUUCUACCCACGAUCUUCCUUGAUGUGCAUAACUCGUGCGUCACAACCAAGCUCCGUGACUUUCUCUACGUGGUGCUGAACCAUCCGGACCAGUACUGCAGAGAGCGUCCCAGAAUGGUACUGCUGAAACGUAAAAUCCAGAACUUGCACACCAUCAUCACCACAGUCUGUUAUCGGGACCUGGUGUUUUUCACAGACGACUGUGAGGCUAUUGACACCGGACACAUUAGGCCUCACUAUGCAGAGGACAGGCUUCAGCUCCUGCAAGAGGAGAGAUGAGCAGCGCACAAAGCAGAGGACGGACCCACAUCGGUCCGUCACAUUCAUACAAACACAUCAGCAAUAUGUAGAAUGGCAACGUCAUGUACACACCACAGCCUGCACUGUAUUAGAUGCAUCACAAACGACACACAGAGCGCCGCUUCAUGUUGUACCUAGCUGGCUCUGUGUUAGCUGCAGACUCAUGUCAGUGGACAUGUGUGGCUACAUUCCAGCAAAGGAGUGCAGAACUUUCCACAGGAAAUUUGCUGAAUGCCAACCAUGCCGAUGAAAACCUUGGAAUAAUAAAGCAAUAAGAGAUGCUUGUGAGCUGGGCUUAACCGCUGCUUACAUACCAGGGCUGAUCAAAGGUGCAUGUGUCAUUAAGAGAAAUAUGUUGCGUUGCCAUAACCCUUGGUCUGACAAAGAGGUCUUAAAGGAGCAUUAUGCAGCAUUUUGAAAACAUCUGAAGAGCUGAACAUGGUGGUGGAAAAUGUUAUGUAAGAAAUAGAUGUCCGAAGCAUUCCUUUCUCACACUCCGUUGUAGAGUGUGCUCCUUCACAAUUGUUUAUUUUUCUUACUUCUAUUUUAGAUCAAAAAAAGUUAGGACCGUGCUGGCGUGUGUGCUGAAGCUGAACAAAAUAAAUAUUUUCUUGGCUCUCAACGAAAAAAUGGUUAUAAAACGGACCAAGCCCUCACUGUUUUAGACAUAUUAGACACAUGCCUGUUUUUAUGUACAUAAAUUGUGUCUCACAGUAUGUAAUAAAACGUCUCUGUAUGUAUCAGCUUUUAAUUUCUUUAUUCUCUAAAGUAGUUUCCUAAAUGUCUGCCAGUUGAUUCUGGGAAACAAACUAGUGAGUCAAAACUGGCCCAUGUCCAGUCUGAAUCAGCAUGAUGUUCUUUUUUAUUUUAACAUGUAGGUUAUUUUCUCUCUGACUGAUGCUCUGGUUUUCACUCAGCAUGUUACAAUUACUGAUGUAUUUCAUUUUUAUUGAGACAAUAUGAAGUUUUCUCACCACUGGACUAAA